AUGUUGACAAAGGGCGUGCUGAUCCCCAACGUGCGAGACAUUACUGACAUUGACAUUGCCCAACUCAGGUGGAUUUUAGUGAUUGAAAAGGAGGCGAAAGGAUAUCCAGACAUUCUCACUCGGUCAUUUCUUUGCUAUCUCCAGGACCAUAUAAACCUCCCAGGCCAGCUUGAUCAUCCAGCGAGGGCUUCUGUCCCCAUUUACUGCUUGGUGGAUUUUGAUCCCGAUGGCAUAGCCAUAUAUUCGACUUACAGAUACGGAUCAAAAUCGCUCAGGCAUGAGAAUCCACACUUGCUGUGUCCAAACAUCCACUGGAUUGGCCUCCGCAGCAGUGAUAUCAUGAGACCUGAUCGAACAGGAGUGCCUUCUGACAAUGAUAUUGCUUUAGCGGCAAAUGAGGAGAAAACGUCUCAAACGCACGUUGAAAGAGGCUUGCUCCAUUUAACCGCUAGAGAUCGACGCAGAGCCAAAAGAAUGCUUGAGUGGGAUAACGCAUCUUCCAUGGGCUUGCCCAAUGUUGCGAAUUGCAACAUCGCUUCUGGGCAUGACAAUGUCGAAGUUGAAGAUGAGGCUACCGCUUGGAAAAGAGAGCUACAAGUGAUGCUCAUGCUGAAUGUCAAGGCCGAAAUUCAGAUCCUCAGUGACCAGCAAAUGAGUUUAGAAGCUUGGCUUGAAGAGAAAUUGCUGGAAAAUACUCCGCUGGUUUGA